AUGGCAAAUGUGGGCCCUAUAUUCACCUGGGUGGACAUUCCAGAAUACGAGAUCCAAUUCUUGAAUGGCACGGGAAGUGGUCUAUACGAACAGCUAUUCUAUGAUAUGAGACCUCAGUCGCGACCAUCAAAUAAUUUUAAUGCACUUAAUCUGACACGUUUUACCCGAUUCAGACAACUAGCUACUCCAACUGAUAAUAACGUGGUAAGACUCGCCCGGCUACCAAUCGAUCACUACGCUAUUACGAACACCCUGGGUGAAAUUCGCUUUGAAAAGCCAGCCAUUGAGUCGUUCGGUAAGGCGUUGAAAACGGAUGAGAUAUUAACCAAAAUCAUUGAAAACAACGCCGACAUUGAGUUGAGAGAAACGAUUGAGAAAACAGUGGAAACCAUACAUAAGACGGAAAUUACAUUUUAUCGCAGCUUUGAAUCCUAUGGCGAAAUUGAUAUACGGACACGAUUUGCGUCCGGUUUUAGUUUUUCAUUUUUUGGUUUAUUUGAACCUAAGAUUGACUUUGAGAUUGAGUCCCAAUUCAAGUCCGGCUUCAGAUCCCUAUCCAUAGGCAACAAAUCCUACAGCGAUUUCCGGCGCCAAUUGUUUACAUUGAAAACCGAUAUAAAUGUCAAACCAUUUAUGAAUAUAUCCAUCAAAGGGCUGAUGAAAAGUGUGAAGGAUAUGGAGAUUGAGUUCACUGCUGUCCAUACGUUCACCGGCACUGACCCGAGGGGUGACCGUAAGGAACCGUUGGAUGGGUUGACACUGUUUUUGCUGAUCGGCAAAGAGGACAACAGACACGGCGUAAUCAUUAACAACGAUUCACUUGUGAUCAAUCAAAAAGGUUUGUAUCGUGGUACUUUUGGUAUUGAGACCUAUACUCGUAUUAAACAAUUAAAACUAGCCUCAAAACAAGAUGAAAAUAAACUUGUUUACGACUAAUUAUUAUAAC